AUGAAAGUCCCUAGAAAUCAGUCUGAGGGAGAACAUGCUUUAAUUGUGUUUUUUUUCUAUCGCUGCUAUCUGUCUAUAGACGCAGAGAAGAUGGACGAAUUCUACAGGAACCGACAGGAGGGGAAGGAGGCUGCCAUGCGUGGUGAUCUGCCUCAUGCCCUUGAGCUGUUUCAGCUGGCUUACCAGCUGCAGCCGAGUGACAAGCUGAAGAAACGGAUCCAGACCAUACAGGGUCUCAUUCAGAGAGAUGAGGAGGAAGAUGAGGAGGAAAAUGAAUUUGUGGAUGUGAAUAAUAGUGGAUUGAAGCUUUAUAAAUGGCUCUACGAUAAACUGUAUGACCAUCAGAGAGAGGGUGUGGCAUUCCUGUACAGUCUCCACCGCGACGGUAGGAAAGGAGGAAUCCUGGCUGACGACAUGGGCCUUGGCAAGACCAUUGAGGUAAUUUCAUUUUUGUCAGGGAUGUACGAUGCAGAGUUGGCCAAUUAUACCCUGUUAAUCAUGCCUACCUCGCUCAUAAAGAACUGGGUACGUGAGUUCAACAAGUGGACUCCUGGCAUGAGGGUGAAAGAAUUUCACGGCGCCAGCAAAGCUGAGCGGAACAGGAACCUGGAGCAAAUCCAGCGCAGAGGAGGAGUCAUCAUUACCACCUACCAGAUGCUCAUCAACAAUUAUGAGCAGCUUGCAUCAUAUGACCAAUGUGAGUUCGAAUGGGACUACGUCAUCCUGGACGAGGCCCACAAAAUCAAAACCACAUCCACUAAAACGGCUAAAAGCGCUCACGCCAUCCCCGCUAGACACCGCGUGCUACUGACGGGCACUCCAGUUCAGAAUAACCUACAAGAGAUGUGGGCUCUGUUUGAAUUUGCUUGCCAGGGGUCGCUUCUGGGAACCUACAAAACGUUCAAAACUGAGUAUGAGAAUCCAAUCACACGUGCGAGAGAGAAAGACGCCACUCCAGGAGAGAAAGCUCUUGGAUUGAGGAUUUCUCAGAACUUGAUGGACAUCAUCAAACCUUAUUUUCUUAGGCGGACCAAAGCAGAUGUUCAGCACAAAAAGCAUAAACGUGAAGAAGGCUUUGAAGACGAGGAAGAUCAAGAGAACAAAUGUCCAAAUGCUGGCAAUGGCAUUGAAAUGCCAUCGCUGACGCGAAAGAAUGAUCUCAUCGUGUGGACGCACCUCAGCUCGGUGCAGGAGGACAUUUAUAAAAAGUUCAUCUCGCUGGACCAUAUUAAGGAGUUGCUGACGACUAAGAGGUCGCCACUGUCUGAGCUUAUAGUGUUAAAAAAGCUUUGUGACCAUCCCAGACUCCUGUCUAAUCGAGCUGUGACUCAACUAGGCCUGGAGCAAGGUUCUGCCUCUAUCCAUCCAGAUGAUGAGACUGAGUCGGCUGUGAGUCAGAUCAAUAACCUCUCAGAUGACACUUUGGUUGCAGAGUCAGGGAAGCUGCAGUUUCUCGUGUCUCUAAUGGAAUGUCUCCGUGAAGAGGGCCAUCGGACCCUGAUCUUCUCCCAGUCGAGGAAGAUGUUAGACAUCAUGGAUCGUGUCCUGUGUAACAGAAAUUUUCGCCUUCUGCGCUUAGAUGGCACAGUGACACAACUAGCAGAAAGGGAGAAGCGUAUCAAGUUGUUUCAGACAGACAAACGCUACACAAUCUUUCUUCUCACCACUCAGGUGGGUGGAGUCGGCAUCACGUUAACUGCAGCAAACCGUGUCGUGAUCUUUGACCCCAGCUGGAACCCCGCAACAGAUGCUCAGGCUGUGGACCGUGCCUACCGAAUUGGCCAAACCAAAAAUGUCAUCAUCUAUCGACUCAUCACCUGUGGCACUGUGGAGGAGAGAAUCUACCGCAGACAGGUGUUUAAAGACUCUCUCAUCCGGCAGACAACCGGCGAUAAGAAGAACCCUUUCCGUUACUUCAGUAAGCAGGAGCUGCAUGAAGUGUUUAACCUCGAAGACACCCGCUCGUCCACCACUCAGCAGCAGCUACAAGCAAUGCACGCACACCACCGCCGCUCUGACACCAGCCUGGACCAGCACAUCGCUCGCCUUCACACCAUGGAGAUGUUUGGCAUCUCUGAUCAUGACCUCAUGUUCACUAAAGAGGUGGCAGCUCAUGAAGAUGACCCAGAGGAUGAAGAGUCACAUAAGUACAUACAAACACGUGUCCAGAAAGCACAAGAGCUUAUGCAGGUGGAAUCAGAACUGCAUGGCCAGCUUAUGGACAGCGUGGCCCAGAACACAGAACCUGCUUGGCUCAUGCAAACAGGGCAGCCGAAAUCUGCUAGUAGAGACCACCCAGCCCCUCCACAUAGCAAAAACAAGCCAGUGACAGUGGAUCUGACAUACGACUGCUUCGAUGAGCCAGACCUAGAGGAAGAGGAGCAGAACUUUCCAACAUUUGAGGAUGCGGAGGUGGAAGUUGUAAGUAAAGAAGUGCAAAUUGUAGAUGAAGAAGACCAAGUGAAAAACGAGCUGUAUGAUAAUGGUGCAUCAGAGAAACACAACUCUGUGCACGACUUGCCAAGUCCUUCUCGCCAUUUUCCAAAGUUGGAAGAACUUUCAAUAGCAUCGGAUGCCCUUGAUAACCAGGAGGUUCAGGUGGACAAGCCCAAUUUGACUGUGCUUUCGUCACCCCAAUCUCCACAUGAGGCCACAGCGGGAGAGUCUUUUAAAGCAGAGGGGGAAAUGCUUCAGGGAAACUUCAACUUGCAGCUGGAGGACAGUGUAGAUAUGUUCUCCAUUGAAGAAGAGAAAGUUUGUGAUGUGGAGGAGUCACUAGCAGAGGAAAGUCCUGAGUUUCAGCUUCAGAUGGAUGUCAGUGGAGAAAGGCUGGAAGAAGCAAGUAUCCAUGAAAGCAGACAAUAUGGUAACCAAAGCAAUGGUGAAAUCAGUAACUGUAACAACAGUGAGAUCUUCAACCCUAACAUUGGUGAAGUCAGCAAGCAUGAAUCUCUUCUGAGAAUACGUUCUGCUCCAGACACACCUGCGGAAGACUCCUUUGUGCAUUCCGUUCGGAGAAAGAAAAGGCAGAUAAUUUCUGAUACUGAUGAAGAAGAGGAGGAGUCGGAGAAGCCAUGUUUAACAAGCAAUCCAUUGGCUGAUGGCCUCAGCAGGCUGGUCUCUUCAACACCGAUAUCCACUUUGACUGACGGUGGCCGACUCCGGCGCAGCUUGAACACUUCCGUGGCAUCAAGAAGGUCCUUCAUAGUGUCCAUGCUGGAGAAUGAGUCUGAUGAGGAGUCAGAAGAGCCCAGCGAAAAUAAAACAAAUUUCUAUGAUAUAUCAGAAGCUAGUGAAACUCAUGCAGAUGAAUCUGUGGUGGAAGAGGAGGAGCCCAGUGGAGGCAAAACCAAAUCCUAUGAGACCUCUGAAGCCAGUGAAACUCACGCAGAUGAAUCUGUGGUGGAAGAGGAGGAGUCCAGUGGACGCAAAACCAAAUCCUAUGAGACCUCUGAAGCCAGUGAAACUCACGCAGAUGAAUCUGUGGUGGAGGAGGAGGAGCCCAGUGGAGGCAAAACCAAAUCCUAUGAGACCUCUGAAGCCAGUGAAACUCACGCAGAUGAAUCUGUGGUGGAGGAGGAGGAGCCCAGUGGAGGCAAAACCAAAUCCUAUGAGACCUCUGAAGCCAGUGAAACUCACGCAGAUGAAUCUGUGGUAGAGGAGGAGGAGCCCAGUGGAGGCAAAACCAAAUCCUAUGAGACCUCUGAAGCCAGUGAAACUCACGCAGAUGAAUCUGUGGUGGAGGAGGAGGAGCCCAGUGGAGGCAAAAUCAAAUUCUAUGAGACCUCUGAAGCCAGUGAAAGUCAUGCAGAUGAAUCAGCAGUGGAAGAAGAGGAACCCAAUGGAGAUAAAACCGAAUCCUAUCAAAUAUCUGAAGCUGGUGAAUCACAAGCUGAUGAGUCGGUGGUGGAAGAAGAGGAAACCAGUGGAGGCAAAACCAAAUCCUAUGAGACCUCUGAAGUCAGUGAAACUCACGCAGAUGAAUCUGUGGUGGAGGAGGAGGAGUCCAGUGGAGGCAAAACCAAAUCCUAUGAGACCUCUCAAGCCAGUGAAAGUCAUGCAGAUGAAUCAGCAGUGGAAGAAGAGGAACCCAAUGGAGAUAAAACCGAAUCCUAUCAAAUAUCUGAAGCCAGUGAAUCACAAGCUGAUGAGUCGAUCGUGGAAGAAGAGGAAACCAGUGGAGGCAAAACCAAAUCCUAUGAGACCUCUGAAGUCAGUGAAACUCACGCAGAUGAAUCUGUGGUGGAGGAGGAGGAGCCCAGUGAAGGCAAAACCAAAUCCUAUGAGACAUCUGAAGCCAGUGACACUCACGCAGAUGAAUCUGUGGUGGAGGAGGAGGAGCCCAGUGGAGGCAACACCAAAUCCUAUGAGACCUCUGAAGCCAGUGAAACUCACGCAGAUGAAUCAGCAGUGGAAGAAGAGGAACCCAAUAGAGAUAAAACUGAAUCCUAUCAAAUAUCUGAAGCCAGUGAAUCACAAGCUGAUGAGUCGGUGGUGGAAGAAGAGGAACACAGUGGAGAAACUUUCAACUCAGAAGAGUCAGAAAGUCACGAGGAGCUUGAAGAGGUGGAAGAAAGUGUAGAUUCAAGAAGAUACCAGGAGGAAGAAGAAUGGCACAGCGCCCUGCUUGAAUCCACUGCUGAUGUUGAACUAGACUCCAAUGAAAUGAUGGACCAGUGUGCCCCUAAAACAUUCCCUCUGGAAACACACAUUCUUCCUGUUAGUUCCACAAGCAAUGAUGUGACUGCUGCUAAACCCUCUGAGAACACGUAUGAGAUGCUGGUCCUGUCUGGGAAACACUGUUUGGCAGAAGGGAGGAAGCAAGAGGCUCUGGAUUUCUUUCUAAAGGCCAUAGACAUUAAUACUGGUGAUACAGAGAUCCAGCUCUUGAUUAUUCAGGUGUACAGGCAACUUAGCCAAUAGGGAAAUUAAAACGUGCACAACUAUGUGAUGUUUUAUUAACAAAUUUCGGGAGGAGCACACGCAGAUAAUUAACACGGCCAGUCC